UUAAACAUUCAUAAAAAAAAAAAAAGAAGAAGAAAACAUGAAAGGUGUACAGAGCUUAUGGUUGUUGCCAGUCUUGAUACUAUUUUAUGGUACAAGUAUUUCCAUAUGUGGGAACAAAUUGUCGUCUACAGAAACUCUUACAAUCUCAAGCAACAGAACACUUGUUUCUCCCGGUGGAGCGUGGGAGCUUGGUUUCUUCAAACCUUCAGCGACACUCUCGCGAUGGUAUCUUGGAAUAUGGUAUAAAAACGUCUCGGAGAAAACCUACGCGUGGGUCGCCAACAGAGACAACCCUCUCUCCAAUUCCAUUGGAACCCUCAAAAUCUCUGGCAACAAUCUUGUCCUUGUAGGUGUAAGGCAUGAUGAGCAGAGCUCUGUUUGGUGGUCCACGAAUCUUACUAGUGGAAACAUGAAUUAUUCAAGGGUGGUGGCAGAGUUGAUGUCUAAUGGAAACUUCGUACUGAGAGCUUCCACGCAAAACAGCAACGAAGGGACAUGGGGAUUCUUGUGGCAGAGUUUCGAUUUUCCGACAGAUACUUUACUUCCAGGUAUGUCUCUAGGAAUCGAUCACAAAAGUGGGCGCAACAGAUUCCUUACAUCUUGGAAAAGCUAUGAUGAUCCCUCAAGCGGGUCUUACACUUACAAACUCGACAUUCGAAGGGGCUUGCCCGAACUGUUUCUACGGAAAAACGAGUUAGUACUUCACCGGAGCGGUCCGUGGAAUGGAAUCGAGUUUACUCAAGAGUACCUAAACAAUUUUGUUUAUUCGGAGAAAAGUGAAGAGGUCCGCUAUGCGUUCUCUAUUCCCUACGACCAAAGCUACUACUUGAGAUUGACAUUAGAUGACCUUGGGGUCCUCGCUCUAUUCGCGUGGAUCCCCGCGCCAACAUCUCGAUGGGAGGCUAGGGCUACUUUAUCAACGAAAAGCUGCGACCAUUAUAAUAAAUGUCCAUCUAAUAGCUACUGUGACCUAAAGAUGGACUGUAACUGUUUACAAGGGUUCGAUAAGACAGAAGAAGCGUACUGUGUGAGGAGGGCACCGCUGAGCUGCAGCGGAAAUAGGUUUUCGAUCCUAAAGAACAUGAAGCUUCCAGACACUAAGAUGGCUGUCCUUGAUCGGGGAAUUGACUUGAAUAGAUGUGAACAAAGGUGCCUAAGCGAUUGUAAAUGUACAUCGUUCGCGGCUGCGGAUGUUCGAAAUGGCGGAAAUGGUUGUUUACUAUGGAGAGGAGAGCUCAAUGAUAUCCGGAAUUAUCCUAUCGGUGGUCAAGAUCUUUACGUCAAAGUGGCUGCUGUUGACCCUGUUCUUUCUUCGGACGAGGAGAGAGACAGCAAUGGAAAAAUAAUAGGAUGGAGUCUAGGAGUCAGCUUAGUGCUUAUUCUGAGUGCUAUCGUGUUCUGCUUUUGGAAGGGGAGAAAGAAGCAAGAAAAAGCUGCAGGUGCAACACCUACAAUGAGAAACAAGAUGGUACUACCAAGAAAAAGAAACUUGUCUGAAAAGAAUUACGAGGUGGAAGAUUUGGAACUUCCAUUGAUGGAGUUGGAAGCUGUUCUCAUAGCUACCGAUAAUUUCUCUGACAGAAACAAGGUUGGAGAAGGUGGAUUUGGCGCUGUUUACAAGGGAAGGUUACUUGAUGGGCAAGAAAUUGCGGUGAAGAGACUAUCAGAAAUGUCAGCUCAAGGUACCAGUGAGUUCAUGAAUGAAAUCAAUUCCAUUGCCAAGCUUCUUGUGCGCCUUCUUGGAUGUUGUGUUGAAGAGAGAGAGAAGAUGCUGAUCUACGAGUACUUGGAGAACUUAAGCCUCGAUUCUUUUCUCUUUGGCCACAGAAGCUGUAUGCUAAAUUGGCAGAUGAGAUUUCAAAUUAUCUCGGGGAUUGCUCGAGGGAUUCUUUAUCUCCACCAGGAUUCAUCCAUUCGAAUAAUCCAUAGGGAUUUGAAAGCAAGCAAUGUAUUGCUUGAUAAAGAUAUGACUCCAAAAAUUUCAGAUUUCGGAAUGGCUAGGAUUUUUGGUCGAGAUGAGACGGAAGCUAAAACGAGGAAAGUGGUUGGAACUUACGGCUACAUGUCCCCAGAAUACGCUUUCGAAGGGAGAUUUUCGGUAAAAUCAGAUGCUUUCAGUUUCGGGGUAGUAGUUCUCGAAAUUAUAACACGUGCCGAUGAUAGACCAUUGAUGUCGGCAGUUGUUUUGAUGCUGGGAAGCGAAACAGCAGAUAUUCCGGAACCUAAACUACCAGGUUUUUGCGUCACAGGGAAUUCUCGUGAAACUAAAGAAGAAAAAUAUGAGUCCUGCACGGUGAACCAAAUCACCAUGUCGAUUACAGACGCUCGGUAA